CAAGCCAGAACUGUCAAAAUUUCCAAAUAGAAAAGGGUGAAGCAAAAACUUUGGGCAUACUACAUCUAAAACUCUGGGCAAUGCACAGACCAGCUGUAAAGGAACGUGAACCUAGGAUUACAAUCCAUCCUAAAGGUGCACCGCCAUCUAGAAUAUUUUCAAGUUCGACGAGUUCCGACAGCGAGCCAAGUUGUUCCACAAAAUAUUUGAAAAAGCUGCAAAUCGAUAGAAACAUAAUUGAAACUGCGGCUCCAAAGCCCAAUUGCUUUAGUGUUCAGUAUCGCAUUCCUGGUCUUUCUGAAAAUGGAUACGAUGGGGAUACCGAUGAAGUUGGUGAUGAUGAUGGGGAUGAAGGGGAUGAUGCCACAAUUGCAAACCUGCCGAAUUGUAGCCCAUCGAGCUCAAUCCCUUUGAACAACUAUGUGCUCCCAGAAUCGAUUCCAUCCCAUAGAUUUGGUGGAUUUCUACAUGUCCUCUCCCGCAGUUUGUAUCGCUCUUUGGCCAGGAUGGCCACUGGACUUGGACUGAGACAUCAGCAAUCUGCCUGGUACAAGAACUGCUGGCAAAGUCCUGGUUCCAAGCCAAAAAGUGUCCAUCUUAUGGAUCCAUCCGCGCCCAGUUUGCUUGCGAAGUUGCCGCCAAAUCCGCAAAACAGCGAGAGUUCCACAACGAUGUGAUAUCUUUACCAUUAAACCCCGCAUCGCAAUAGUCUGUAAAAUAUAUGUUCAAUAUAAUAGGUAUAAAAUCAAAUCAAUAAAUAAAACAAAUAUACAUUAUGCACAACCGGAACCCCUGC